AUGUUCCAAGGACACAAAGAGCGGCAAGCCAAGCUGCUGCCGCUGUUUGCGCCCGAGCUGCGCGCCAUGCGGCUGGCGUUCGCCAAGGGUCUGUGGCAGAUGUUCAUUGUUUUCACAAUCGUGUUCUGGGUAUCGAUCAGCUUCCUGUUUGGCGCAGGCUACGACACGUCGCGGCACAUGCACGAGGCCAAGGUGUAUUUGCGGGACUUUGACAACACGGAGGUGUCGGGGAUGCUGCAGCAGGUGAUGCUGAAGGCGUUCGACCAGAAGAACAUGCCGACGAUCGUUCCGGUCAGCGCCAAGCAGUUCCCGACGGACCAGUCCGUGCGGCACGCGGUGUGGGAGGGCGAUGCCUGGGCGGCGAUCACGAUCAACCAGGGGUUCGGCGAGCAGCUGACCAGCGCAUUGUAUACGGGCGCAGCAUACGAUCCGUUGAAGGCAGUGACGCUGGUGUCGGAGGAGUCGCGGCACUAUUUCAAGGUGCAGACGGUAACCAAGACGGUCGAGGCGGUGCUGGCGGGGAUUGCGGCGCCGUUCACGCAGCUGGUGUUCAGCAAGGUAGCGUCGGCCGACGGCUCGUCGGUGGGCGACGUGAUAGACCGGGCGAAUCCGGUGGCACUGGUGCAGCCGUACGGCUUCACGACGGACAAUAUCGCGCCAUAUCACUUUGACCUGUCGAUGUACAUCUUGUCGGUGACGCUGUCGCUGGGCAUGGUGAUUGGGUCGUUCAUUCCGUCAAACAUGUGGAAGACCAUCGAGGAGCCGUUCUUCAAGCAGGUCAAGGUCAGCCAGGUGAUCAUGCUGCGCGGCUUCAUCAACGUCGCCUGGGCCUUUAUUAUCUGCCUGCAGGAGACUGGCAUUGUGUUCGCCUUCCGCGGGCCGUCGUGGUCGCCGACGGCCGGCGAUUUCUUCGGCAUCUUCGGCAUCCUGCUGCUCAACACAUUCGCCUUCACCUUCUUCAUCGACUGCCUGCAGAACUGGAUGCACCCGCGGUUCCUGCUGGCCACCUACUUCACCACGCUGUUCGUCAACAUCUCUGCGGCCAUCUUCGGUACCGAGCUCAACAGCCACUUCUUCCGUAUUCUCUACGCCACGCCGUUCCUCAACAGCGGCUUCACCAUCCGCACGCUGCUGACCCGCGGGUCCUACAACAAGAUCAAGUUCUCGAUCACCAUCAACGUCCUGUGGGCGGUCUUUUGGUGGAUCCUCUCCACCUUCCUGAUUGCCCGCAAGGCCCGCCUGGUGCGCGCUGGCAAGCUGCUGAUGGCCAACAUUCCGCCGCCCCCGCAGCCUGCCCCUGCCCCUGCCUCUGCCCCGGCGGCCGCGGCUGCCGCUGGCGAGCCCGAGAAGAAGAGCCUGCCCGAGGACGACCUCCCCAGCGCCGGCACUUCGUUCACCGACGAGUACUCGUCGUCCAGCGACCGCGAGGAGUCGCCCAGCGCCGAAUCGCAUGCCACCGUCAACCAGCACCGCGAUGCAGGCCGGAAAAAGUCCGCCGAUGCAGUCUCUGACAUUGAGAUUAAAGACUGCUAA